AUGGGUGAUCGAAAGCCGUCGAAGACUUUGAACGAUCAUCUCAUGACGGAGGUGCGUGAGACUCCUCCACGUGAACAAUGGAGUUCUUGGGCAGACUUCAUCAUGAGCUGUAUAGGUUACGCUAUCGGGUUGGGUAACGUGUGGAGGUUUCCUUACCUGUGCUACCAGAAUGGAGGAGGCGCUUUCCUCAUUCCGUAUGUGAUCUCAUUGGUGUUUUGCGGAGCACCAUUAUUCAUUCUCGAAACAUCAUGGGGACAAUUGCUCUCUGUUGGUGGACUUGGCAUGUUCAAGAUAUGCCCAAUAUUCAAAGGCGUAGGAAUCGCUGCUGCUGUUAUGGCUUUCUGGUUGAACAUCUACUAUAUUGUAGUGCUUAGUUGGGCACUGUGUUAUCUUUGGAACUCUGCCAGACUGGAUGUGAACGUCCCGUGGAGGAACUGCGACAACGAGUGGAAUACGCCAAGGUGUCGAUCAGAAUAUGAGAAAUUACCAUGUGAUAGCAAUCGCACAAUUGCAGAUUUUUUCAAUGUUAAAGUGCUAACGGCCGACCAUCUUAUGGAGUACAAGAAACAAUUUUUUGUUGGCCCAAAAGCAAAUUUUACUGUAUGCACAGCUGCUGAUCUCAGUGUUCAAUCACCAGUAAAGGAAUUUUGGAACUUUAAAGUGCUAGGAAUCUCAGAUGGUAUAGAGCAUCCAGGAGGGUUGCGCUAUGAUCUCGCGUUGUAUCUCUUUAUUGCAUGGGUUAUUUGCUAUCUCUGCAUCUUCAAAGGAGUGAAAUGGACUGGAAAGGUUGUUUAUUUGACAGCCUCGUUCCCAUACAUCAUGUUGUUCUUCCUACUCGUUCGGGGUCUCACGCUACCAGGAGCGUCACUUGGCCUAGAAUUCUACUUGAAACCUGAUUUCUCGAAAUUGCUGGAAUCAAAAGUGUGGGUAGACGCCGUCACGCAAGUGUUCUUCUCUUAUGGUCUCGGUUUGGGCGCUUUGGUAGCCCUAGGCAGCUACAACACUUACCAUAAUAAUGUGUACAAGCAAGCUUUGACGGUGUGCUUUGUGAACAGCGGCACAAGUGUGUUCGCUGGCUUUGUCAUCUUCUCAUUCAUUGGCUUUAUGGCUACACAGCAAGAAAAGAGUGUUGCUGAGGUAGCUCAAGCAGGACCUGGACUACUGUUCCUGGCCUAUCCAUCGGGAAUUCUUCAAUUGCCAUACACAAAUGUAUGGUCAAUGCUGUUCUUCUCAAUGGUUCUUUUCUUAGGAAUCGACUCACAGUUUUGUACCAUGGAAGGCUUCUUCACGGCUAUCAUUGAUGAAUUUCCCCAAAUGAUUCGUAGAAGGAAAUAUGGGCGAGAAAUUUUUGUCGCGGCUAUUUGCUUGAUUUCUUAUCUUAUUGGAUUGAGCACAGUUACGAGGGGCGGCUUCUACGUGUUCCAACUUUUCGACUUCUAUGCCGCUUCCGGGUGGGCUCUGCUAUGGUUGCUGUUCUUCGAAUGUAUUGCUAUCUCAUGGAGCGUAGGAAUUGAGCGAUGGUACGAGCACAUGAAAAGCAUGAUUGGCUACUAUCCAAGUCGAUGGUGGAAAUUUUGCUGGGUGUUUGCCACUCCGGCUGUUUGCAUGGGUGUCAUGAUUUUUGGUCUGGUGAAAUAUCAGCCGCUGCGAAUUGCCGCCUACAACUAUGACUAUCCGUUCUGGGGACACGUUUUCGGCUGGUUUCUCUCGUUGUCGUCGAUGCUCUGCAUACCCGGAUAUGCGAUCUAUGCUUGGGUCACCACCGAUGGAACGAUCUCAGAGAAAUUCAAAAUUCUCUGCCGUCCGGACAUCGAAAUUGAGAAGGCAAACCAGCAGGAUGGGCAUGACGACACAGAAUUGCAUGACUUUCAUCAAUUACUAUGAUAUCAAGAGAAUUACGUAGUUACUCUGGUCUGAGAGACUCUUCCAUACUCUCUCGUCUAGUAUUGCCACUAGCCGUACUUGUUCUCGUUCGAACAUUCCUCACCUUUGUUACCCAUCUUUAUGUCUCGUUACUUAAGCCUUAACGCUGAAUUUUCCCAACAUUUCCAUCUGUUUCUCCGUUUCUACGACUUCGUUGCUG